AUGUCGCAACGCACUCCCUCUACGCGCAAAAGCGUAUCUCAAGAACCGGUGACUUCUGUCCUUCCAGAUGGCGAUAUACCCUAUGAUCCAAAGCAUAGCUGGAAUCAAGAUGAAGAGACCCUUGCGGCAUUGGGUUAUAAACCGGAAUUCAAACGUGAAUUCAACCUCUGGACGACGUUUUGUGUCAGUUUCGCUGUCCUGGGACUACUGCCCAGUUUCGCGAGUACUCUCUAUUAUGGCAUGGGCUACGCCGGCACUGCCGGCAUGACAUGGGGUUGGCUAGUAGCUAUGAUAGGUAUCCAAUCCGUCGCCGCCUCCAUGGCCGAACUCUGCUCUUCCAUGCCUACCUCUGGUGGAUUAUACUACGCUUCUGCCGUCCUUGCCCCUCCUGGCUGGGGUCCUCUGGCUGCCUGGAUCACCGGAUGGUCGAACUGGCUGGGCCAAAUCACCGGUGCACCUUCUGUCAACUACGGCACCGCUGCCAUGACCCUCGCCGCCGCAUCCAUCGUCAACCCCUCCUUCGUCCCCCAGAACUAUCAAGUCUACCUUUUGACAGUAUUUUUGAUGAUUAUCCAUGCAUGUAUGGCUAGUUUACCCACCAAGACCAUUGCUAGAGUCAACAGUUUUGGCAGCAGUUUCAAUAUUGUGGCUUUGGUUGUUGUGAUCAUCUUGAUCCCUGCUGGAACCAAUCGUGAGGAGCAAAAUCUGCCGCGAUUCGCGCCUAGCAGGGAGGUCUGGGGCGAUAUCUAUGCUGGCACUGCUUUUCCCUCUGGCGUCGGUAUCCUCAUGAGUUUUAUCGGUGUCAUCUGGACGAUGAGCGGCUACGACUCCCCCUUCCACCUCGCAGAAGAAUGCAGCAACGCCGCCAUCGCUUCCCCCCGCGCAAUCUUCCUCACCUCAGCCGUCGGCGGCACUUUCGGCUGGUUCCUCCAACUCGUCGUCGCCUACACCGUCGUCUCCAUCCCCGACGCUUUGGAAUCCGACCUGGGCCAACCAUUCGCCGCAUACCUGGUCCAAAUCCUGCCCCAGCGAACCGUCCUCGCCGUCCUCUCCCUCACAAUCAUCGCGGGCUUUUUCAUGGGCCAAGGUUGCAUGAUCGCCGCGAGUAGGGUCACUUUCGCUUACGCCAGAGAUGAUUGUUUUCCGUUUUCCAAUGUGUGGAAGAAGGUCAAUCAGAGGACGAAAACGCCGGUCAAUGCGGUUUGGUUCAAUACUUCUGUUGGCUGUUUGAUGUUGCUGCUCAUCUUCGGCGGCAGUCUGGCGGCAGGAGCCAUGUUUUCCAUCGGCGCUAUUGCCGCCUUUGUCGCUUUCACCACACCCAUUUUCAUCAGAGUGUUUUUCGUCGGCAAUCGGUUCCGCCCCGGCCCGUGGAAUUUAGGGAGGGCAUCUAUUCCUAUUGGUGUAGUUGCGUCUGCAUUUGUGGUGUUGAUGGUGCCGAUUUUGUGUUUGCCCAGUGUGGUGGGAGCGGAUCUUACAGAGGCGACGAUGAACUGGACAUGUUUGGUUUACGGAGGACCCAUGGCUAUGAUUCUGGUUUGGUGGGUUGUAUCUGCGAGAAAGUGGUUCAAAGGGCCAAAGGUUAAUGUACAGCAUAUGAUGUUGGGGAGGGAGGUUGCUGGGGAGGAUGUUUUGGUUGGACAUGAAGUCGCGGAGGCUGAGAGUCAGAGUGGAUUGGAAGGCAAGGCUGCAGAAGCGGCAAAGGACGCUGAAUCUACCGAGGUUAGAUAGUGAGAUACAGGUAGUGUGAAUGUUCAAAGGGCGAUGGCGAAUUGGGCUUCCGAGCUGAUUUG